GAUAAAUAAAUUACAAGUCCGAAUCUAACUAACUCCCUAUAUAUAUACAUAUCUUCUCAAUUCCUGCUGUCUCCUCCGGUUCCUCGUCCGGCCCGGCUCCCGGCAGAGUUGCAGAGGUUGGGAAGAUUCGUUGAAGAAAAGGGCUCGAGCGAUCACUGUUUAAUCGACUAUGGCUUCUCACUACCCCGCCACCGACCUCGACUCGGCCGCAACCGACUCCGUCACUUCUACGCCUCGCUCAAUCCAACACAACGUCCACGACGACAACCUCGUGGCCCAGCCACCACGGGUCCGCUUCAUGUGCAGCUUCGGGGGCAAAAUCCUCCCCCGUCCUCACGACAACCAACUGCGCUACGUGGGCGGCGACACCCGUAUCGUCGCCGUCAACCGCCACACGUCAUUUUCGUCCCUCUUGACAAAACUAUCCAAACUUUCUGGGACGUCCAACUUCAGCAUCAAGUAUCAGCUUCCGAACGAAGACUUGGAUUCUCUGAUAACUGUCACCACCGAUGAAGACGUGGAAAAUAUGAUGGACGAGUACGAUCGGCUUGUUCAGACCCACAAGUCGGCUCGCCUCCGGAUUUUCCUUUUUCCGUCCGAUUCUGACUCACGAACCAGCUCCAUCAGCUCCCUUCUCGAUGGCUCCAUUAAGCGGGAGAAUUGGUUCGUGGAUGUUCUCAAUGGUGGGUCGGGUCGCGGGCCGGGCUUGGAACGCGGGCAGUCCGAGGUGUCAUCUAUAGUGUCCGAAGUUCCGGAUUAUUUGUUCGGGUUGGAUACUUCCGACGAUGCUCCUCGUGAGUCUAACUCUAAACUUAGGAGCAAGAGCAUUUUGAGCGAGACUCAUCCGGGUUCGGAUCCUGGAUCUCCCGCUCCGGUUGUUUCUUCUCCAUUUUGCUCCACUUCCUCAUCCUUGGCUCCUGCCAGCGUGCCAGCGAUUCCGGACCUUCCACCGGUGAAAACCAAGCCCGUUAACCCGGUUCAUAGUAGCGAACCCAGUAGAGAAGCUCCGGUUGAGGCUGUUGUUGUUGAAGGAGGCGAGAUUGCGGUUCCACAGCAAACGGGGUAUACAAGUAAUCCAAUGUGGCAUUACCCGGGUCGGACGGUGCAAUCAGUACCUUUUUAUUACGUCCAGGGUCCAGUUCGGGCUGGGAAUGUUCCGGUACCCAUCGGGGCUCCAUAUGUCCAGCAAAUGCCGGUUCCUCCGGGCCAAGUACCACUCGGGUUCAAUCAUCAUCCGGUUUCAAGUUUGGGUCAAGUUUACGCUGGAGGAGGGAGACAGAUCACGGCAGUGGAUCCAAUGUCAGGAAGAAUAGUGACCGAGGGGGUGAAUCAACCGGUGUAUUAUGGGGUUAGAAAUGCUGGGAUGGUUACAACUUAUCCAGGAAUGGGGGUUUCGGGUGCAGAAGAAAUCCAGGGACCUGGACUUGAUGUGAAAAUGGGUCGGGUAUCUCAAUCUUGAAUAUCUAGAUGGAAGAAUUGGGUACCUAUUUUGGUAUUUCUCACUGUUUCUUUGAUGAUUGAAUUUUGAUAAAAUACUUUGAAAAAAGAAAAAAAAAAAUCAGAUGGGGUAAGUCAUAAGUGGGGGUUGUGAUAUGUAUAAAUUUGUGGCAGAAUGGUGAAUUGUAAUUGUGUGGGAGAGCCUUGCUUAAUACAGUUGUAACUGUGUGAUAAACAAAUUUAUGAGAAUGGAUUUUAUAGUGGCGAA